CAAGAAGCAUCGGCUGGGGAGGCCAGGGAUAUGACCAGGGGUAGACUGGACGGGCGGGAACCCCGGGAGCCAUUCCCAAGACAGAGAGGUUGGGAGGAUAAAACACCGCCGUGGGCAAUCAGACGGCGAGGAAAAACCACGCCACAUGCAUUCACAUGCCAAGCAUGCCGCGAUUCCAAGUGUAAAUGCUCAGGGGAUUUUCCG